AUGGCGCCCGACACAAUGGAUAUCGAUUCGGAUCCCGUACCGUCUGUAGCGACAGAUAUUGAGCGGAAGCGGAAACACAAGUCCAAGGACAGCACGUCGUCGAAGAAGCGCAAGCAAGAGUCGAAUCUCCUCGUCAGCGAGACCGCCAAGGAGAAGAAGAGCAAGAAAAAGUCCAAGGGGCAGGGCAAACAGACUACAGCUUCGAAGAAAGAGGUCGCGGUUAUCCCCGAUUCGCCGUACAGCCUCGUCACCUCAACGCUCUAUCUUCCUUUAUCACCCAUCUCCAUCUCCCCAACUCACGCCCUCGCAUCGCUGCUGGCGGAACACCUUUCCCCAUUGCUGCUCACCUACUACCCGCCGCUGAAGGGCGUUGUGCUGGCGUAUUCCAAUGCGUCGAUAUCGGGUGAACCGCCCUCAUCCUCGUCAUCGCCGACAUCCGGCCAACAAGAUCCCAACCCACAGCCAUUGACACUGGCAACGACAGCAAACGAAUACGGGGUGCUGUACGUCUACCUGACUGCUACUUUCCUCGUAUUCCGUCCGCAGCGGGGCCAGAUUCUGGAAGGAUGGGUCAAUGUUCAGUCAGAAGGAUUUUUGGGUGCCGUGGUGUUGAACUUGUUCUCUGUGGGCAUUGAGCGAAAGAGACUGCCUCCAACCUGGCAAUGGGUCCCUCCCGGGGAGGAGACCGGCACAGACAGUGAUGCUGUUCCGAGUACGAAACCUGGAUCCGAUGAUGAUGACGACUCAGACGGACUGGUCAGCUUCAACCCUGACAAAGAGCAUUUCAAGCCCGUUCCGCUGGCGUCAAACGAAAACCCGCUCUCGGACACGCUGAACUUGGUCCCCUCUUCUUCCCUGGAAAACCCCGACGCAGGGGCAACGGGAUACUUCCAGUCCGUCUCCGGACACCAGGUUCGCGGCACGAUCCGGUUCCGCGUCGUCGACGUGGAUGUGAUCCCGGGUUCAGAGCGUGAUCGAGGAUUCUUGAGCAUCGAGGGUACGAUGCUCUCACCGGAAGAGGAAGCCAAGUUGGUCGCUGAAGAGCGCAGCGGUGUGUUA